AUGAGCGAGAAUUUCAAUCGAGAAUAUCGAACAGAAAUGCAAAUUGAGAAUGAUGCACCGCAGACGAAUAUCGUGUGGGAACAUUUACUGAAGAAUUUAAGUUUAGUUGAGAGGAUGACGUUUCUAACGCUCAUCUGUUUGGUUACCGCAAUAGCAUUGAUUGGAAAUAUCCUUACGAUUUAUGUUGUUCUCACGAGAAAGCAGCGUUUGUUGUUCAAGACGUGUUUGCUAUCGUUAACGAUUAGUGAUUUGUUAUAUGUGCUUGCAAGUGGAACAUCUUUUAUCUCCAAACUUUCAAGAGAAAAUUUGCCACUUUGGGUAAGUGUUGAAGUGAGAAUUUAUGAACAUAAAGUAAACAAUCUUGUGAUGUUCCUUAAGACUUUGGGAUCGUUUGGAUGCACAGCAAUUCCAUUUGCUCAAACACUUUCGGUUCUGGUUGGAAGCAUGUCAUUAGUUAUCAUCGCCUUCGAUAGAUAUUUGGCAGUCAUGAAUAAAUCUGAGGCGAGAAUCUUACAAAAACGAACGACUUGCAUUAUUGGAUUUUGUGUUGUGUGGUUUAUUGGAUGUGCUACCAGCAGCCCAACUCUCUUUGCUUAUGAAAUCGUUCCAACGAUUGUUGUGCCUUUUUACCAUCAAGAUGAUUUCUUCGAAGCUUAUUAUUGUUGGACUGACAUCGAUGAAUCUGCAAAUUAUUACAUCAUUGUAUUCACAUUUAUUUUUGCUCCAAUUUUCAUUGCUUUUCUUUGGCUCAACACGAUAAUUGCGAGGGAAAUAUGGAAACGUCGUCAUGCGCCGGGCUUUCAAAGUCAACCGAAAUCGAAAAAAGCUGACGAAAAUUCAUCAACUGAAGAAAUGAAAGCUACUGACGAAACAAACACAAGUUCGAAUGUCCGCAAAAAUUCCACAAAAAUCUCCACAAAAGAAUCAAAAAAUUCUGCUGUCUCAUCAAAACCAUCGCCUUUCAUAAUUCAACCUCCAUCAACUCCAGUUAACAACGAGACUCGUCGCAAUGAACGGCAACGACGACAAAUGAGAAUGUUCAAAGCUGUUCUCGUCCUUAUGUCAGUCUUCAUCAUGUGUCGUCUGCCAAAUCAGAUUUUCCUUCUCUAUAAACUCAACAACGAAAUAGAUGGUCGACUUAACUGGCUACUUUAUUACAGCUUCGGUUUAACGGGCCUUCUUAAUUGCAUGCUUAAUCCCAUGCUUUACACGUUUCUAAGCGAAACCAUUCGCAUUACAUCUCACGUCGCCAGCUUUUGCUAUAAAUUCUGUAAAAUAUGUCGACGCACAAAAAAAACUUCGUCUCAUUAUGCAAACAACCAGACGAUGUUGUUUGCAGUAAAUAUUCCGAGAAAAAGCGAUGGGGGUAUUUAUUUGGGAUCGUAAUUUGGCGGAUGUUUUUCAAUUUUCAAUUCUAUAUGUACAAAACAAAAAAGAAAAUUUUGAGGGGAUUGAAUGUGUGGGUGGUGAUGAAAGCAGCAUGAGAAGCAUACAUCGAACGGAAAUGAAUGAUACUUAACAACAUCGCUGACAACUGAAUGAAUAAACAGACA